AUGGCCGGUUUUGCCGUCGACCUCCUGGGCUUGAGAGUCUUCAUUGUGUGCGUAGGACUCGUGGGCAAUGUGUUUCUCAUCCUCGCCAUCAUUCAGACCAAGCUCACCCGAGUGAAAUCCUUCGAGUUGUUUCUCUUGGGGCUGGCCGCGGCCAACUUGGAGGAAAUUAUCAUCGUGAUCGCCAUCGACGUCGUCGUCCUCCAGGCCUCCUCCGACGCCGCCGUCGACACUUGGUCGUGCCGCUCGCUCAAGUUCCUGACCAAGUUCGGGGAGAUCGCCAGCAUCCUCUUCACAGUCCUCAUCAGCGUCUUCCGCCAGCAGAAGCUGAGAGACGCCGAAAAGAGGGCCAACCAGCCGAUCUGCCUGGACGCCAUCCGGUCGGCGUGGAUGGCGAGCGGGGUCUGCGUGCUGCUCGCCGCGCUGCUCAGUCUCCCCAUUUUCUUCAUCGUCCCCGAAGGUGCGGCGGGUAACGCCACGAGCAACGCCACGGGCAACGUCAGCGGCUGCCCGCUGGACUUCUUUCAGUGCAGCGAAGACCACUGCCCCGCGGUCAACGGCGUUUACAAAUACCUGUUCCUCCUGCUGUGCAACGUGCUGCCCCUGGCCGUCGUCACGGUGACCGGUUGCCUCAUCCUCGCGGUGCUGCUGGGCCAGAGGGCGAAGGUGACACCGGCGUCCGGCGUCCGGAGGAGCGGAGGUUCGAGUCUCCAUCGGAGCACCGUGGCGGUGCUGGCGGCCAUGGGGUUGUUCCAGGUGGACUGGACUCUCUACCUGAUCCUCGAGCUGACCGGGAUCCCCACCGACUUUCCCUUUUGGGCCGAAGCCGAGUUCCUCAUCUCGUUUUCCUACACGUCCAUCAGUCCGUACGUGUACGGGAUGGGGAAUAACCUGUUCUCUCUCAGGAACUUUAGAAAGAAGUAA